CACAGUUGUUGGCUGAGGUGGUGUGGGGCGGCCAGGGUACCGUGUUCCGUGACUCUACUCCAACGCCUCCGUCCAGGGCCUUCUCGCCUGUGUCUUAGAACUGUCGCUCAGUCACCCGUCGCUUUGUAUUGCUUUAUUAUCUACCUUACUUAUCUUUUCGCUUCAAGUCUUAUCAUUUUCAAAUCGGUGCCUCAGAUAAUAAUCAUUGAAUUGUUUGUAUAGUUCUUGAAAGGUGAGUUUUAUUUUUUUCUUAAGAGAAAGCUUAUAGUGGCAAUGCUACAGUGUGCCUAAAAUCCAGUGACGGUGAAAAUUUGCCCUCUUAACGCAGAUAUUUUGACGACUUACAAAUACAAAAAAAAUUAUCAUUAUCUCUGGAGUACGUCAACGUUGUUAUUGCUGAAAAAGCGAUCGUGAAGAGAAGGAUGAAAUGUGCUAAUCCCACCUGAAGAAAUGUGGGAUAACAACAACAAGUCACUAGGUCGACUAGUUUAAGAAGCAAGGAGGACAUUGCUUAACACAUACAAAAAAUGGAAAAAGAUAAUCGAUUUCCCGUCUAACGCCUAAAUCUAAAACUUGAUCCGAAGCUUUGAUCAAAACCAUGUGAAACUCAGCAUGAGGCCUAUUUGCUUCAUCGUUGCCGUGUCGCACCUCCUUCACUGCCUCGCGCCCCACGCCUGUUACGCCUUCUGCGGAAUAUCCAGCAGAAGGAAGGUGGACCAAACUCUUCUCACAUCCACUCGAUCCGCCUCAAACUUCUCCAUGGACGUACGCACGAAGUGUGAGUACGCUGGUGUGCAUGGCGCUGCUCGGAGGGCGUGCUUGCGGUCGCGGGAAAUGGCGGGCGUGCUCCUGGAGGCGGCGUGGAUGGGAGUGACUCAUUGCCAACACCUGAUGUUGCACGAGAGGUGGAAUUGCUCCCUAGGGCGAUCUAGACGAAGAAUCAUGAAGCAAGCCUUCCCAGAGACAGCCUUCCUGCAGGCUCUCUCGGCAGCCUCUGUGACACAGGUGGUGUCACGAAGCUGUGCCCAGGGCCACCUCACCCGCUGCUCCUGCGACAACACUGCCUCGGCCAGCCCGGGGGACAGCAGGCGGGCGUGGCGUUGGGGCGGCUGUGGGGACAAUGUGCGCUACGGCCAAAAACUUGCCGAGAGGUUUUUCAUUGGGAAGCGUAAAGAUGGCAGGAGGAAGGAGGCCCAGACCAGCGCUGAACUGAAGGCCGCUGUUUCGCAGGAGUACUCGAGGAGCAGAGACUUUAAAUCUCAGAUUGAUGUGCACAACGCCUGUGUUGGCAUCAAGACGGUGGCAAGCGCCGCCAAGAAGACCUGCAAGUGUCACGGACCGUCUGGUUCGUGCGUGAUGAAGACCUGCUGGAUUCAGUUGCCAGCCUUCAUCGCCUCAGGGGAAACUCUCAAGAGUCUCUACCAGCGGUCCUCUCUUGGCCGUACCAUCAAUGAGGCACAGAUCACAAACCGCGCCAGCAGGCUGCGCUAUCCCAGGACGUCCAGCCACAGGCGCCUGAAGGGCCGCGCGGGAGCCACUUGGAGGAAAGGGCGGCAACGCGGCGUCAGAAAUAACAUCCUAAAGGUCUACAGCGAGAGAUGCGUGUCGCGGGGUGGCGGAAAGGGCUGGGCCGUACUCGGCGAUCCCUCACAGCUGGUCUACUUAGACGCCUCGCCAAACUUCUGCUACAAAAGCAAAUACGGGCCGGGAACUAGAGGCAGGUCUUGCGAGAAAGGCCAGAGCUGCAGUGAUUUGUGCUGUGGCCGCGGUUACGACACCAGCGUGGCCAAGGUGAUGGAGCCGUGCAAGUGCCGCGUGGUGUGGUGUUGUGAGGUGAAGUGCCUUAACUGCACCCGCGUGGCCGAGCUGUACACUUGCAAGUGAACCGUUUGUGGUCCAGAGUGAGGCGGCGGAAGCAGCAGCCGCAGGGGAGACCCACGAUGUGUAUACAUGAUUAUAAUCUUUGCUUUUAUGGAAGAAUUCAGAUAGCUGUUUAUGACCAUUUACGAUUAAUUUAAUUACCACGAUAAUCACAGCAUGAUGAAGAUAUAGAAAACAUUUUCUACGAGAUAUUUCGCAGACCCGUUAGAGUCUAAUAAAGUUAUAUGCAUCAUGAAAAUGUAUUAAAAAGUGUUAAUUCAAUGUGACGAAAUGAAGAGCAUAAUGUAGCGCAAGAGUAGCAGAGGAGUAGCAAGGGAACAUGUGGACGGCAGUGUCGGGCGGCAGAGGGUGAAAAGAACACGUGAUGUUUUCAUGCACAUGUGGAGUCUUGCUGGUUGGUGCGACAUCCCGCCACCUGUGCUGGUGGCUGAACGCAGUGUAAAGUUAGUGGAGUGAAAUAACCGCGAGCUGAGACUGUAUACGAGUUAGAAUUUGUGAUCCUCAUGUGUAUCAUGUAUUCUUAAAACGAGGACGGCGAACUGGUUGAGCGAGGCUGGUGGAAUGGCAACCUGCUAAGUAGUUUGUAAAGAGAUUUCAAGAUGAUAUGCCUUCCCUGGACUAUGGGAAGAUCAACCACGAGAAUAUAUCUGGUGAUUUUAUUCAAUAUGUAGAGAAGAUUAUAUCAAUUCGAUAUAAAAACUGUAUACCGGAUGGGCUUAUGAGAUCCUGUUUCUCGUGCACCAGAAACCAUCUCACGCCGCCGCUCGGCCUCAGCAGCUUUGUCCCCCAGCGCUGCCACCCACGCACCUCGCACUAUAUAGCUGACGCAGUAUUUCAUAAACAACUCUGCUCUGAAUAGUGAAAAUAUAUUACACCUGUCCAGAAUGUACCACGUUUUAUCCAUAAAUCUAUCACGAUU